GGUGGUGGAGGUGGUGGCGCAACCUCUGGGCCCGUUGGCAAGGAUUUUGACUUUUUCGGCCAAACUGCCAAAGUUGCCAACGCCAUCGAGGAAGAGCACGUUCGCUACCAUCGCCAGCCUCCAACAGCCAAGAUCACGUCUACGGCGGCAGCAUCCGCUUCGACUUCGUCUUACUAUGCCCCCCAACAAUUCACCAAGCCAGCUCGCACUGGUUAUGAGAAGUACAAGGAAGAGCCGGUUGAGGACCUCAUGGUUGAUGCCGCCCUUUGGGGGGUCGCACCGAAGAAGCCGCAACAGCCCACUGCUCCGGCUCAGCCACUGGCAGGGCCGGCACCCAGUCGGAAGAUGAUGAGCUUGGAGGAGGUCGAAGCCCAGAUGCGUGCUCAGAAAAAGAACACGCCUCAGCCUUCAACCCAGCCUCCGGCUCAGGCUCUUCCUUCUCAGGCUCAUUUCCAACCCCAGGCUGCGUUCGACAAUGCUUAUCACUUCGCGCAAGCCCAGCCUAUCCCGGAGCAAAUACCAUCUCCCGCUGAGGCGCCCCCUCCGAAGGAGCACCAUGGGCAUGGACACCCUGUAACCAUCCUCCAGCGGCCGCAUUCGAAGCAAGCUCCUCACGCCGUUCCAAGUGCUCCGAGUCCUCAGCAGCGCCAACAGCCCGCGCCACCCGUCCAGCCGACUCAGAUUCUGCAGAAUCCCAACCGUCUGUCGGGCGAUGCUUCACGCAUUGGACCUCCUCACCAGCCUUCGCACCCUGGCCAGCCGACCCACCCGACCCAUCCAACUCACAGGCAGCAAGGCUCCUUCUCCCGCCAGCCACCAACCCAGCAGCAGCCUGCACAACUGCCCCAGCUGUCCGAGCAGCAGAAGGCAGCAUACCUGGCACAGGAGGCGAGACGUGCCAAGCGCAACCAUAAGAUCUUCCUCAUGUCGCGUGAUAAUGGCAUCAUGACCCCGCAAGACAAGAACUUUGUCACGAGGAUUCAACUUCAGCAACUUGUAUCGGCAACUGGGAAUCCCAAUGAGCGUGGCACGGACGAGUCUUUGGCUGAAGAUUUCUACUACCAGGUUCACAAUCAGAUCCAGGGCGGUCAGCGGCAGCAUCCUAGCCAGCCAUUGAACAACUUCGCUCAGACCUACCUCUUCCAGACGGGCAGCCGCCAGGGAGGCCUACGACGCCAACACCGGGGUGCCGAGAACCACAUGCAGCGGAUGGAGCAGCAAGUCCAGCGCGCCGUGGAGGCGGCCAAGAACAAGCCCAAGAACAAGCAGCUCAUAAUUGAAGGGAGUCUGGGUAAAAUCUCCUUCAGCAAUGCCAAGACCCCGAAACCCUUGCUCAAUAUCAAGCGCACCGAUGGUCCCGGCGAGUCCCAUCGGCCAGGUAGCUCCAGCCGGCACGCUGCUCCGGCUGGCAUUGAUUCCAAGAGCGUCUUGCGCUCCAUCGAGCUCGUAUACGACACGCUGAUGAAGAUGGAGGAUCAUGACCGCAACGCCCCUCCGCCUCCAACCAGCGAGGCCGAUGUCGAGGCUGUCCAGAAGUUUGUUGCCUGGAGAGACGAAGCGCAGAAACUGAACAGCAAGCUCUGGGAGGCGCUGAAGGUGCAUGAACCCCUUGGCGUCUUCCCUGUUCACCCCUUCAUUGCCUUGCUUUCGUACAGCAAGGGCAAGAAGGCCAUGCAGCGCGUUUUCAGACACACCACCCAGGAACAGCGGACCACUAUCCUGACCCUCAUCGUCGUCCACCUUGACACCCUUGACGUAGUCCGUGGAGCCCAGGUCAACACCGACGAUACCUUGCUGAACUCGGCCAUGCGCGAAAACAUCGAGCUCUUCUCCCUGGCGGUCAUGUCAACCCUCUUCAACUUCAUGAAUGAGCUUGACCUCGACAUUGUGGCUGGUAUCCUGGGUCUUGUGUGCACGCAGAACGUGGAUAUCAUUGCCAAGUCGCGCGUUGGAGCCUCCAUGCUAACCAUGAUCCUGAGCCGCGCCGAGAUCAUAAAGCAGAACAGUGGCGGCAAUGAGCAGACGUGGCAGGUUUGGGAUGGUACUUACACCAAGUUCUUCAACCUUCUCGAACCCACUCUCCCUUACGUAUUCCCCGGCACCGUGAACUCUGGCGAAGACGUUUACGUCUGGCAGCUUCUUGCGGCCAUUGGUAUUGGCGCCAGCCCCGAUCAACAACAGAGGCUUGUUCUGGCCGUUAAGGAUCGCGUGAUGGAUACUGUCACCCUUGCGAAGACACUUCCUCAGGAGAUGGCAGCUCAACGGCUACAGAACGUCAAUCUGUUCAUGCGCUCCAUUGGCUUGGACGUCGAGCUUCUCCAGUAGAUGUGUUACUUACCUCUUGACGGAUGCAGCGAGCCUGCGACGUGGGUGCCACCGGCGGAUGCAUCGAGGCUGGGUUGGGGUGGGAGGCAAACACCGGCUGAGACUUGGUGGCGGGUAGAAGGAUUCUUGGGAGAUGAAGGCAUUGAUGGGAGAAGACCACCUGGCGUUGGAGAAUGGCCCGGCUGGCAGUCACGAUUUCUGUGGCUUGGGAGAGGAGGACAGAGUUUCGAACCUUGUCUCGUGGAAUUUGCGAGUUGCUUGUUGAAAGACAGCCCCUUGCGAUUGACGACUUGGUCAGCGAACUCAACAUGGUCACGAAGUGUUUAUGGGAAUGACCGUGGAAUUGCGCAAUUUGUAUGUAAAACAGGAUUCAGUUGGCUUUGAGCACAGGUGAAAGCUACCUAGCCAGCCGAUUAAUGGGCUAGAGCGUUUGCCAUAAGAGUAUCAGCUUGUUAAGUACCUAGAAAGACCAUUUGGGUCGCGACACAA